AUCUCCUCAAUGGAUUAGUUUCACAAUGUUCGGGGACCUAUUUGAAGAGGACUAUCACAGUGUUUCAAAUAAUCAGUAUGAAAGGGGAAAGAAAUUAAAGACUAAAGCUUUGGACCCUCCAGCCCCUAGAAAAUUCACAAAUUUAAGUGGAAUCAGAAAUCAGGGUGGAACCUGCUACCUCAAUUCUCUUCUUCAGACGCUUCAUUUCACACCUGAAUUCAGAGAAGCUCUAUUUUCCCUUGGUCCUGAAGAACUCGGUUCUUUAGAGGAUAAAGAUAAGCCUGAUGCAAAGGUUCGAAUCAUCCCCCUCCAGCUGCAGCGACUGUUCGCCCAGCUUCUGCUGUUGGACCAGGAAGCCGCGUCCACAGCAGACCUCACUGACAGCUUUGGGUGGACCAGCAAUGAGGAAAGGCGGCAGCAUGACGUGCAGGAACUGAACCGGAUUCUCUUCAGUGCUUUGCAGUCGUCUUUAGUUGGGACCUCAGGCCACGACCUCAUCCACCGCCUGUAUCACGGGACCGUUGUCAACCAGGUUGUUUGCAAGGACUGCGGGAACAUUAGUGAAAAGCAGGAAGACUUCUUAGAUCUCACCGUGACAGUCAAAAACACGUCUGGUUUGGAAGAUGCUCUGUGGAAUAUGUAUGUAGAAGAAGAAGUGUUUGACUAUGACAACUUAUACCACUGUGGGGCCUGUGAUCGGCUGGUUGAGGCGGUGAAGUCGGCCAAACUACGCAAGCUGCCGCCGUUCCUCACUGUUUCGCUGUUAAGAUUUAAUUUUGAUUCUGUGAAGUGUGAGCGCUACAAGGAAACUAGCUGUUACUCGUUUCCUCUCCGAAUCAAUCUCAAGCCUUUCUGUGAGCAGAGUGAAUCGGAUGACUCCGAAUACAUGUAUGACCUCUUCUCUAUUAUUAUACACAAAGGGGGCUGCUAUGGAGGGCACUACCAUGUGUAUAUUAAAGAUGUGGACCAUUUGGGAAACUGGCAGUCCCAGUCUCAGGAGGAGGAAACUACGCCAGCAGUGAACUUGAAUGAUCUGAAUGGAGAGGAAAUGGACGACGACCCAGUGAGGAUGCUGCACGCCCUCCUGUCACAGGAGGAGAGAGAUGUAAUUGCUGUGGAUCAGCUGGGCCAGAGGCUGUUGAACAAGAUCGGUCUGUCCUGGAACAAGAAGUACAGAAAACAGUAUGGACCGUUGCGAAAGUUCUUACAGCUCCAUUCUCAGAUAUUCCUGCUCAGUGCAGAUGAGAGCACAGUGAGUCUGUCCAAGAGCUGUUCUCUCCAGCCCACGUCGGAUUCCCACAGGAAAGAGGGGUGCGAUUUCAAGACACUCACUUCAGAAUCGCCGGGGGUUAAUGACAGCGCCUCCAGCCCCCAUUGGUUUGAUAUAAAUGACUCCAAAGUCCAGCCAAUCAAGGAAGAGGACAUUGAGCAGCAGUUUCAGGGGAAGGAAAGUGCCUACAUGCUGUUUUACCGGAAUUCGCAAUUGCAGAGGCCCCCAGAAGCUCGAGCUAAUCCAAGGUACGGGCUUCCCUGCCACCUGCUGAGCGAGAUAGACGCAGCAAACGCUGCCCUGCAGGCAGAAAGGGCAGAAUGUGAGUCCAAAAACAACGCCUGUGAGUUGCACCUCCACCUGGGCCCAAGUUACCACUUCUUCAAGGGGGCACUGCACCCAGUAGCCUCGCACACCAAAAGUGUGUGGGAUUUGACCUUCGAUAAAAGGCAAACAUUAGGGGACCUUCGAAAGUCAGUGUUUCAGCUCUUCGGAUUUUGGGAAGGAGAUAUGGUUCUCAGCAUCGCCAAGCUCCUCCCAGCAGGCCUUCACGUUUACCGGGCGCUCGAUGGAGACGAACUGACCCUGAGUGACAUGGAAAUGGCUGACGAGGAAGACAUCUUUGUGUGGAACGGGGUGGAGGUUGGCGGCGUCCAGAUUCAAACAGGAGUUGACUGCGAACCCCUGCUUUUAACUGUUCUGCAUCUCGCAACCAGCAGGGAAGGGGGAAUGCGUCAGCAUGUCUUCCCAGCGAAUGCCCCCGUCGCUGCUCUCUUCAGCACCUUAGCAAUCCCAGCAGGUGCCAUCUUUGUGAGCAGGGCCGAGUCCUCAGGAGAAGCGAGCUGGACUGCUCUCCCCAUGGAAGACCUGGAGACGACCUUCAGAGAGCAAGGUCUCCGGGAUGGAAGCUCAGUUCUCAUUCAGGAUGCCGUCAGUAACGGCUACAGUGUGUCUGCCAGACCAGAGAGAUGGCACCCUCAGAAGGAAGAGGCCACCUGGCUCCAGGUUAAAAACAUGUGCUGGGGGCAGUCUGGAGAGCACCAGGUUCUGAUCGCAGCAACUGCUGGCACGGUGGUGGUUGACAUUCGAAUUAAAGCCAUACAAGAAUUAAAAUUAAUGGAGGAACUAGCUGAGCACACCUGUCUGAGACCCAUUGAGAGAGGUGGCAGGCUGCUGGCACCAGUGCCAGACAGUUACACCGUGAAGGAGGCAGACCUGAAGCCGGGAAGUUCGUUGGGACUGUGUCCUGGAAAAGCACCAUCUUCCACUCAGCGGUUCCUGUCCUUCUCCGUGGGGAGUGGCACUCAGCGCGGGGUGGAGAUGGAGAUCACAGGAGAAGAGACGCUCACCGUGAGAGAGUGUCUAAAGAGAAUGCUGGAGCAGUCCGGCCUGCCAGGAGACACGUGGCAUUUGCGGAAGACGGAUUGGUGUUAUGAAGCUGGGGAAGCUCUCUGUGAAGAAGAUGCGACCCUGAAAGAGCUCGGGAUAAGGUCUGGAGAUGCUUUGGUUUUAAUGGAAGGGGCACUUCCUCCUCUGGGUUUCCUGAAGAUAGCCAUCUGGUGGUACCAGCCUCGGGACCCCUCAGGACGCUGCCUCAAGAGUCAGCAGGACCCAGUGAGCUCUGCCACCCCUCACAAUGGCCCCUGGACCACCACGUCCACCCAAGGUGUUCCUGAUCUCGUGCACGCAGACGUUCCCCUCCUCCACCUGGGGGAUGUGGACAUCUCCGAGGAGGCCACCUUGGUGGAUCUGAAGGCCCAGGCCAUGGCCUUGACCGCCUGCUGCGAGCUUGCUGUGCCGUCCCCAGCCUGCCUGCGAGCCUGGACCGUGGAGAGCCAGCGCCCGGGCAGGCUCUUACGGAAUGGCCAGCAGCAGCUCAGGGCCUGCAGACUGGGAAGGAGACCGCAGAUCUGCCUGGAGCCCCUGCAGGAGGAGGAGCACCUGGGCCCCCAGGACUUGGUGCUACGGACCCAAAUGCGUCUCCCUGGCCAGAGGACCUACGGCCCACCGGUGGACAUGGUGUGGGACAUGGCCAGGGGCUGCACCGCGGCCUCCCUGAGGCAGAGUGUGGCCGACGUGUUCGCACUGCCCGUGGAGACGGUCGAGAUUGCCAAGCACUUUCCUGAGAAGUUCGAGUGGACCCCCAUCUCGAGCUGGAGCCAGCACGUCGCCAAGAGGAAAAAGAAGAAAAAGGAAGAUAGUUUACAGGGAGCGCCUUUUUACCUGAGAGACGGCGACACUAUUGGCGUGAAGAACCUGCUGGUAGACCAGGAUGAGGACUUCGGCACUCUGGGAGACGACCUUGGGAAGGAGCGGCAGAGAGAAGCGGCCCUCAGGAGGAGAAAGAGCCGAGAAGCCCUUCGUGCGCAGAGCAGCGAUGUGUUGGCCAGCACAGAGACACCCGCCCGGCCCUGGGGACCAGAAACCCCUCUCUCCAUCCGCGUGGGCAGUUUCAGAUAGCACUGGCCACAGCCGCCUCCCGGGACUCAUCCAGGUGGCUGCUCACCUGUCUCAGGGUCUCACCUUUCAGCCAGCAGAGCCCUGAGGUGGGUGCUCUCCCCCCGUCUUUCAAGAUGAACCCACCGAUCCCUGACGGCAGUUCUUGGGGCCUGCUGUGCUGUUUGCUGAGUAGAUGCAGAUCCCAAAUCCCUGGCCCUAGCACCAAUAGGGGCGCUUGACGCCAGUAAGGUCCACACCCUGUCCGACCGCUGCUGUGCCAGCCACAUGCCAAUCAGAUGUCCGCCUGGCACUCCGUGGACCCUGCCCCUUGUCAGGAAAGGCGCUGCCGUGCCUCAGCAAGUACAGGCUCACCAACGGUGUGUGGUGUCGAGCCUGCGUGUGUGCAGCCUGCGUUGCCCUCACAGGGUCCUGCCCAGGCCCUCCUGUAACGUGAGGGGGCUGUCCCUGGCCUGCUCGCUGCUCCCAUGCCCACCCCACCCCACCCCACCCCACCCCCGGGGCUGGGUUUCUAAAGUGCUGUCACCCUGGAGUGAGGUCUCAGCGGCUCAGAGAAACUGCUGACAGAAGGCAGCCUCUGGGUCCCCUCCCAUGGGGGGGGCCUUAGGGAGGGCCGCUGAGGAAAAGGCUCCACAGAGUCGCUGCCUCAUUGCCAAGCCAGCUGGUGGGAUGUUGCUGGGCCUGCGACGGGCCUGUGUGCGCAGCUUCCUGAGAGGAGGCCCAGAUGGUCGGCCUUUCCAAACCUGCCCCGUGGACAGACGGACAGCAGGGUUCUAGAAACCCAGCACCUUCCUACCCACCUUAGCUCAGGGGCUGAGAUGCUACCUCUGCUUAGAGUUCUGACGGGACACACUUCUCGCGUCUGUCAUCACUGGGAGGGAGUCCAAGGGUGGGGGGAGACCGUGAGACUCGAGUGUCACAGCCUGCCAUCACGAGUAGGCACCUGUGUCAUCACUCGUGCCCCAGUCCUCUGCCCCGCCCACUUCUGAGAGAGGCUGUCAGGAACUGUCCCUGGUGAGGUCAUCACAUUGUAAGAAGCUGGGCCUUGACCAGCAAGCUGCUCCCAGCGUCUCACACACUAGACCAGCCUCAGGGCGCCUGAUCAGAGCUGUGCCCACUGCCCUCCUUCCCUCCGCUCUACCUGUGGCAUGGCCACCCUUCCCUUCGUCGCAGGUGGUGGAGAUUGAACCCAAAGCCAGGCUUGCUGGCCGGCUCUGCUGGGGCAAGCCCAUGCUCCUAGACGUGCCUUAACGUGGCGGCCAGCUGGGCGGGGACAAGGGGCAGUCUGCGGAGGUGGCCUCAGCUGGCUGUCUUGGUUUUUCUUUCUUUUUGAGGAGAGAGGGAGGGGACACAGGGAGAGAACUGUGAGCUUUUGUUUAACAAUAAACUUUUUCACACUGCA